UUAAUCUGUUGAAUUUGACGAGAAAUGCGUUCGGAGGACUUAAGCAACUCAAGUACUUGGAAAUUAGCCAUCAUUAUUUGUUGGAUAUCGAAGAGGGAACUUUUAAUGAUCUGACAUCUUUAGAGUUUCUCUUUCUGGAAAGCAAUAGGAUAAGUUUCUUACGACCGAACGUCUUUACUGGUCUUUUGUCUCUUCGAGAACUGUAUUUAACCAACAACUACCUGAAGGAAAUUUCAAUGGAAAUAUACACGCUAGAAAAACUGAAUCUUUCAUUCAAUCAUUUAUCAAACCUGGAUGAAAAAAGUUUUCGUGGUACAAGAAACUUUACAAAAGUUAUGGACCUAAGAAGGAAUCGGAUCAGUAGGAUAGCGGAGGGCACGUUUAUGAAAUUCUUCUCUCUGGAGGAACUUUAUCUUUCCAUCAAUGCGUUAAGCAAUCUUCCACCGAUUAUAUUUCAAGACCUGUCGAAGCUGCGAGUUCUAGAUAUCUCCUACAACAAAAUCUCCACGCUGUCUAAACCCAUCUUCGACAAGUUGCGAAGCUUAGAAACGCUCGUUCUUUCUCACAACGAAAUUGUCGUGAUACCUGCCAACGUCUUCAGCAGAUUGAAUAGUUUGAAAACUCUGUAUCUGGAUAACAACAAGAUUGAAAAAAUCCAACCGAGCGCUUUUUCUGGGCUUAGAAACCUUAAAACCUUACAUCUACAAAACAAUUUUCUCGAUCGUAUGCCUCCAGAGACGUUCAGCUAUCUUAAAAGUCUACGAAACUUGAGAAUGGACAGUUUCUCCCUGUGUUGUUAUGCUUCUCUUCACCUUGAGAAAGUAAGCUGUGAGUAUCCAAAGCUGGAGGGUAACGCCUUGUCGAGUUGCAAUCGCAUGAUCGAUGCCUCUGGUCCUCGAAGGAGUAUCUGGUUGCUGGGUAUCCUGAUCGUGAAAGUGUCCAAGUCACAGAGGAGAGUCAAGGCUCACGGUGAAGCUGAAGUGAGCUCGAACAGCAUCAAAAGAGAGUCCGCGUUGGCAAGGAGGGUUUUCGUAAUCAUCUUAACAGACUUUAGCUGCUGGAUUCCUGUAAUAAUUCUGAGUAUUCUUGCUCUAACGGGCAAAUUUCACGAUGAACAAGGUGUGGCGUAUGUAUGGUUUGCCGUCUUUGUUCUGCCGGUAAAUUCCUCUGUGAAUCCUGUACUCUACACUUUCUCGACUCCAAAGGUAAGGACAGUCCUUGUAAGCUGGUUUUAUCGCCUUGUGACUGGCUGUAAAUGGUUCAGCUGCAAGAAACGAUCUGAUGGAAUUGCUAUAUCUGAUGGAGACGGAACACAACUCGACACCACGUGUUACAACAGUAUCUCUUUAGACGUCACAUCCAACUAUCCUCCCAGCAACAACUGACUUCCUUUGGUGACAGUUAAUACAGAAACGUGGA